AUGUCGGUCUCUUGUGACACAAAAGCUCAGGCUAAUGCUCUUGGGUAUCACUUGCUAGCUUACACAGCAAGAGAAAAGGACAGCAAAGGCUGGAAAACACGAGGAAGUGUAUCAACUGCGCGAGCAAGGAACUCUAAUAAAGAGCAAAGUGGGUCUGCAGCUGGCCCAAGUAGCCAAAACUGGGCUUCUCAGGUGCCUGCUGAUGCCCUGAAAGAUACCCAAAAAGGUGACAAAGAGGUUGAGUCACUGGAAGAGGCGAAGGUGAAGCUGAAGAAAAAGAUGGCAGCGGUGCUAGCCGAAAUAAAGCAACGGGUACGCCAACAGGCUUAG